AUGUGCAGCAAAAAUGCUGCCUGCCUCAGCUCAGCUCAGCUGAGCGACCGCUGUGCCGGUCUGGAUGAGUCAGGGAGGCAGCAGAUGUCCCAGCAGCAGAUGAACCAGAUGCUGCCGCCCCCCUACAUCCCGUCCCACCAGGACCACAACAGCAUGCCUCCGCCCCACCACCAGGGGGCCCCGCCCCCCGGCGCCCAGGGCUGCGGCCCCCAGCCCAGCUACCCGCCGCCCCCUCCACCCCCCGGCUCUGACGGCUACCUCCAGGAGACCCAGUUCCACUGCGGCACGCUGGGCUCCUCCUCGCGGGGCGGCGGCGGCGGGGGCCCGCCUCCUAACGGCUACACGGUGCAGACGCACGGCCCCGGGGGAACGAUGCCGCACCCCCCGCCCGUCGGGUACAUGCACCCGGGGUACCCCCUGCAGCUCCAGCCCUGCACGGCGUACGUGCCCGUCUACCCCAUCGGCACAUCGGGGCAGCCAUACAUGGCCAACGGGGCGCCGCACCCGGGCCCGAUGGCGGGGGCCCAGAUGGGCAUGGGGAUGCAGAUGCCGGCGGGCAUCGCCCUGAUGGAGUCUCGACGGGCGCCGCACGACUACCUGCCCAUCGCCGUGCUCACCACCGUAUGCUGCUUCUGGCCCACCGGCAUCAUCGCCAUCAUCAAAGCCAUGCAGGUGCGCACGGCGGUGGCGCGUGGGGACAUGGUGACGGCGGAGAUCGCGUCGCGGGAGGCCCGUAACUUCUCCUUCAUCAGCCUGGCGGUGGGCAUCGCCUCCAUCGUGCUCUGCACCAUCCUCACCGUGGUCGUCAUCAUCGCCUCCCAACACCACGACGACGACUGGGAACCCUAG